UCACCGCGAGCCGCUGGUUGCAAUUCGCAACCCUCACCACUAGAUGCCACUAAAACUUACACACUGAACCUUUAACUCUAAGAAGACAUAGAGUAUAAACAUGAUGAUGUAUAGAAUACGAAUAAAAAUUCUAGUCUACAAGGAUAUUUUUUUCUUUUGCAGUGUCUAAGAUUAAGAUAAUGCUCCAUAAAGUGGUCCACAAUAGCCUCUUUGCAUUUCUAAUAUGAUUAUUUCAGUGUCUUGUUGCUCACUCGCAUCUUUUUUAUCACAUCCUGGCUUGUUUUGCCUCACCUCGACAGCUCACUGCCCCUCCUCUCCAUGAGUGGAUUACGAAGGGGAGGAGAGAGAAAGAAAGAGAGAUGUGAGACCGGUGGUCUGCAAGCAUCUCAUCCAGACGAUCAGCAGCUAUCGCGAUGUCACACCGGCGGCGUUUUCCCCGUCUGUAGUGAAACACCCAGGCGAGUUUAUACUGCACAUUUAUGUCUCAGUUUAGCAAAUUCAUUUGGAGCCGAUUGUUGUUAGAAUGCGUCCAGGAGCGCGUCCUCUUCUCGACGCUGUGCAGUCCACCCUGUGUCUGUGUCUCGUAGUUUUCCUGCACUGUGUUGAGGCUGCUGGAUCUGAAGGCGCUGUUUACAAUGGAGAGAAUAAGCAGGGUUCACUGAGGAGCAUCCUUGAGCAUGUACAGAGUUAUGAGAUUACUUAUCCCAUAUGGCUGCAUCCUCACAGACACAGGAGGUCUGCCAACACAGAGCAUCCUACAGAGGCUCAAGUUCUGAUCUCAGCUGAGGGCCUGGAGCUCAGACUACACCUGGACAAAAAUGAGCAGCUGUUGGCCCCUGGAUAUCAGGAAAUAUGGUACACUCCUGAUGGAGCCCGCAAGUCCUCCUCUCCUGCCAGCACUGGACACUGUUUCUACCAUGGGAAGGUUCUGGGCAUGCAAGGCUCAAGUGUUGCUGUUAGCACAUGCUCAGGACUCAGGGGACUGAUUUCUCUGAACACGAGCGUCAGCUACCUGAUAGAGCCUCUUCCUGUUUCCACGGAUGCACAGCAGCAGCACGCUGUGUUCAGAGCCGAGCAUCUCCAUCUACCCAGAGGUAGCUGCCUUCAUCACCAUGGCGACAAGGAGCAUGAGGGGGGGCUUGAUGAUUUCAUCCAUGGAAUGAUGUCAGCACGGAGCAGGAGGGAAAGAAGGGACCUGAGCCAGAAUAUGAAGUAUGUAGAGCUGCUGAUAGUGGCAGACAAGGCUGAGUUUGAGAAGCAUGGGGGUAGUCUCGAGAAGACCAAACUGAAAUUACUGGAGGCGGCCAAUUUGGUUGACAAGUACUACAAGGCUUUGAAAAUCCGUGUGGCAUUAAUCGGUCUGGAGGUGUGGACCAGCCAGGACAUGAUCAACGUUUCAGACAAUCCUCACAGCACUUUGGCAUCAUUCCUGUCCUGGAGACGCAAACAGCUCCACGCUCUCCCCAACGACAAUGCUCAGCUCAUCACAGGGAGGGCGUUCCAGGGCACCACCAUCGGGCUGGCACCUCUCAAAGCAAUGUGCUCCGACUACCAGUCUGGUGGAGUGAACACGGACCACUCAGAGUCAGCUGUGGGUGUAGCCGCCACCAUGGCACACGAGAUGGGCCACAACUUCGGUAUGAGCCACGACAGUACAGGCUGCUGCCAGGCGAGGGCCGAAGACGGUGGUUGUAUCAUGGCUGCUGCUACUGGGCAUCCAUUCCCACGCGUGUUUAAUGACUGUAACCUGAAGGAGCUGAAGAGCUACCUGAGCUCUGGAGGAGGGAAGUGUCUCUUCAAUCUGCCAAACACCAGAUCCAUGUAUGGAGGGCAGCGCUGCGGCAAUGGUUACCUGGAGGAUGGAGAAGAAUGUGACUGUGGAGAAGAAGAGGAGUGUACCAGUCCCUGCUGUAAUGCCAACAACUGCACUCUAAAAGCUGGUGCUGAGUGUGCCCACGGCAUCUGCUGUCAUAACUGCAAGUUGAAGAGCCCAGGUGUGCUGUGUCGUGCUCCCUCGGGGCCGUGUGACCUAGCAGAGUACUGCGAUGGGAAGGCAGAGUCUUGUCCUGCUAAUUUCUAUUUAGUGGAUGGUACAUGGUGUGCAGGCGGGCAGGCCUACUGUUACACCGGCAUGUGUCUGACCCUGGAGCAGCAGUGCCUGUCUCUUUGGGGACAAGAUGGCCGGCCAGCCCCUGACCUGUGUUUUAAGAAGGUAAACGAAGCUGGGGACAUGUAUGGGAACUGUGGCAAAGAUCUGUUUGGGAAGUACAGAAGCUGUAAGGACAGGGAUGCUCAAUGUGGGAAAAUCCAGUGUUUAACUUCAGCCCCCAAGCCCAUUGAGAACAAUGCUGUUCGCAUAGAAACCACUGUCAGUAUGGGCAACAAGAAGAUCAAGUGUAUGGGAACACACGUGUACAAAGCUGACGAGGAGGCACAGGGCGACACUCUGGACCCAGGCCUGGUUAUGACGGGCACCAAGUGUGGUGAUGGCUCGAUUUGUUUUAAUGGAGAAUGCCGCAAUGCAUCUUUCCUCAGAGCUGAUGAGUGCAAUGCCAAGUGCCAUGGACACGGGCUGUGCAACAACAAUCAUAACUGCCACUGUGAUGCGGGCUGGGCUCCCCCUCUGUGUGACCAGAGUGGAUCAGGGGGUAGUGUAGACAGUGGACCUGUCAUCAGCCACAACAAUCUCCUUCCAGUCCUGCUGGUGCUCCCUCUGUUUCUUUUUGUACUUUUGGCUGCUGUUGGACUUUGGUGCUGCUACAGACAUAAACUCCACCCACUGAAAACCUCUGCUCCACUUCCAGUGCCAACUUGUUCAGUUCCGGUCGAGGGCAAACCUCUGUAUGCUGGCGGUCAUGUGAGCGGUCAUGCUAACCCCGCAUUCUUACUAAAAACACAGGACUCAGACCACUUGGGGAAAUCCUCGCCUCGUCCGAGCCCGUCUUGUCAAACUCGGUCAAGACAUGCUAUUGUACGUCCAGCAGUGAAGCCUCCUCCUGUACCUGCAUAUGCUUCAGAGCAGAAAGAGCAGACUCCUCAGCCCAAGAUCCAGCCUGAAGCUUCUGCAAAGAGACAAUAUUCUCCUCAGACUUACACUUCACCUACCGUUAAAAAUGCACAGCUGGCCGAGCAGAAACGAAACCAGGCUCCUCCACCACCUUCAGGGCCUCCACCUAUACCUUCCCUGGAACUCAAAUCCCACUCACAGUAUUCAGCAGUACCCAAACCCCGACCAGACCCCCCAAACAGACCUCCACCGCCUUGUCCUGUCAACAAGCCAUCAGUGGACCAGCAAAAAAAGAAAGGCCUGCCCAUUACCACAAAUGCCCUGCAAAGAGGAAAAGCUGCUUUGGCGCCAUCUGCAGGACAGAAAAAGCCAAAUAGAACCUAAGAGCUCAGGGAGACGUUGCAGACCACCACUUACAUCCAAUAAUGGACUGCCUAAAACUGUCUUUUUAUGAAUAUUGUCAGCUGUCCAUGAAAAUGUGGCACGGAGAGAUAUAAUGAAUACUUGUACACUGUGGGUCUGUGGAUUACAGUGUAUUUACAUGGAUAUGUAUUGAGGAAUGGUAGAAUUACAGCAAAUCAUAUGCCGCGUUCCAGACUGCUUGGAACUGGGAAAUUUCCAAGUUGAACUUCCAACCUCAAGGCGUUCCAGGUGUAUGGUGGUACAUGACGCCGAAAGUGAAAAAAAAACAUGGCUGACUGUGACAAAGUGUACACACAGUUGCACCCUCAGCAGUGCUUUUGGUGUUACUUAAAAGGAUGGCAGUUUAAAUGCAAACAACUGACAUAAAUAGCCUAUACAUUACUAGUUAACUGUGUACCCCUCUAGCUGCAACAGUUGGUAAUCCUCAAGUCAGUCAGUUUUGUAGGUUACACUUCCUAACGUUAUGCAUUUUUAACAAUAACUUUUAUGCAGAGAAGAUGCCUUUAUGAGAUUCUUUACUGUAGCCAGCUACCUAAUAGGCCUAACAUAUUUCUACAUCAAUGUAUAUGCAACAGGUUUUACUAUAUGAUUGUAUUAUUUUAAUUUACACAUGCAAAUAUACUUUUUGUUGCCUUUUAGUUUAUGGUUUACCAUUUACAAUGUGUGCUUCCAUGGGUGCUGACAUUGUUUUGUGAUAUAAUUCAACUGCUACUCUUGAAGUCAGGGUACAUAUUUUUUUCUCCGAGUUCACAAGUAGUCAAUCCGACUUCAAGUGGCGUUCCAGGAUAUUUCUAGCUGGAGGUUGGAAAUUUCCCAGUUCCGAGUUGCCUGGAACGCAGCAUUAGUACAUGUCCCAAUAAAUAUGAUUUAAGUGUUUA